GGUUGAGAGACAAAGGCGGGUUGCCCGGUGUGUGCGUGCGCCUGAGUGUGCGCGCGCACGUGUGUGCGUUUGAGAGGUUCUAUAUGAGGGUGGUCAGGCGGGGGCUCGGCUGCACACUGGCGGGAUUCUUCUUCCUGCCGCUUCACGCACACACGACAGCAGCGCCAGCAGGUGCAUCCGGAGAUAUCCAGAUUUUAGCGCGAGACGUCGCAGCGGAGGCUACAUGCUAGCUCGUCUUUGACAUCCAAGAAGUUCGACACUCCCAAAAACGCAAGAUGGAUUUUGUAAUGAAACAAGCUUUAGGCGGGGCCACCAAGGACAUGGGCAAGAUGCUGGGCGGCGAGGAAGAGAAGGACCCCGACGCGGCCAAGAAAGAGGAAGAGCGUCAGGAGGCUCUGAGGCAGCAGGAGGAGGAACGGAAAGCCAAACACGCCCGCAUGGAGGCCGAGAGAGAGAAGGUCCGGCAGAGCAUUCGGGACAAGUACGGCCUGAAGAAGAAGGAGGAGAAGGAGGCUGAGGAGAAGGCAGCAAUGGAGCAGGCCUGCGAGGGCUCACUGACCCGCCCCAAGAAGGCCAUCCCCAGAGGUUGUGGGGAUGAUGACGACGACGACGACGAGAGUAUCCUGGAUACUGUCCUCAAGUAUCUGCCUGGUCCACUGCAGGACAUGUUCAAGAAGUAGACCGGGACAAAAACACCGGGGAGGGGAAGGGAAAGGAAUUAGGGGGAAAGAUCAUUCAUAUUCAGGAAGAGACGAUCUUGCCAAGCAGUUGGAGGCUUCACACUGCCUUUUCUAAAAGUUUUUGUUUUGUGUUUGUUUUACUCUCUACAGCAUUUUUCAAAUUUAAUUUGUUGCUAUCAGGCCUUUUGACUAGUCGCUCGUCACCUGUUGCCAGGCAGACACCAUCAAAUCCAAAGUUGAAAGUAUAUUUUUCCGUACACGUGCCUUCAUUGCAAGUGGGCGUGGGAAAAACAUGCCAAUGUUUAGGAUCGCCUGAUUGGCCAGCAAGAUGUAGUAACACUGCCAACUUAAACAUGUCUUGGAUCAGGAGUCAAAAACCCCUGUCACGUGGACCACAAAAGCUGAAUUUCUGUGGUGUUGUGGUACAAUGAAGUAAGGGGAACCUGCGCCGCAGAAUUUAGGUCACUUCACUUGACAGCAGAGUUCUGUCAGCAGAUGGGGCAUUGAAUGCGAUUCGGAUGACUCAAUACCGACUCUACUUUUACGUUGUAUGUCUCUAAUGCACCAAUUUUGGCCCCUUUCACACAGCUUAUUAAGGCAUCUUAUUCCUUGCCUGUCUGAAAAGUACGGCCACUAAAGGCGGGAAUGAAAACUACCUGCAAAUUUGCCCCUUUCACUCCACCCUUCAAAUAAUUUCGUCCGCUGUUUCUCUUUCUCAUUUUGAUGUACCAACACCGGAUGGGGGUGGGGAGUUGGGAUUAAGUCGUCCACCAAUAUUACCGGCCUCGCAGGUUGUAUCAGAGGUGUAACAACGACAGGAUGUUGAUUGCGUGAAAGGGAAUCUGAUCAUGUCCUCCAUUCAACGGGUUCUUUGUAAAAGACAGGUGGAUGCUGAUCGACUGUUACAUCUCUGAUGCACCGGUUUUGGGGAAGGUCUAGCCCCUUUCACACUGACCUUCAAAGCCAACUUAUUCCCAGCUCGAUCCCAGUUGGGUAUUCUGUAUGAAAGGUACCAACAUGGGAUGGUGGAUAAAGUCAGCUUGUGAAUUUGUCAACUUCCGAGGUAGUACCAGAUUGGUAACAAUGGCGGAACAGCAGCUGCGUGAAAGGGAAUUAUGGCAAAUCUGAGCCGACAUGUUUGGUAUCAUCUUCUGUUUGUCGGAUUCUCUGUGAGAGAUAACAACUGGAUGGAGGCUCUUCUGCUCUUUUGUCUCUGUUUUGCCUCAAUUUUGAGGAAAGUCCCUUUAACGCAAUCGACCAAAGCCAAUUUAUUCCAGUCCCAUUUAUAGACCACCUGGAAAUUUCCUGGGCUCCUGUAACGAUUUCAUGGCAGGACUGUGUGAAAGCAUACACCUUUGCUGUAUUCUGUAUGAAUGCCAAAAUGUUGCGCCACCUGUAUGAAAGCUCCUUUUUACCGUUAAAAAUUGGACACGUAUUUCCAGCUCCCCUUAGACAAUCAGUACAAACUUUGGGCAAUGAGAAAUAUUGGGGUGAGGGUUCCGUGGUUGGAGGGUGAGGUUAAAUUUCUAAAUUGAUCACCAUGGAGACCAAAGAAUAUGAUUGUUUCAGAUGGCUGACCCCCCCCCCCCCAAAUAAAUAAAUGAAAAGACCACUACGACGUUAAGCUGUGUGCGCUUCUGGUGUGUUAUAGGUACAUCAGCAGCGCUUUAUCACUGUGCCAGCGAUAUUAGUGAUGCACCCAUCAUGCAUUAGUGGUGCUUUGGUGGUACAUUAGUGGUGCGCCAGUAUUGCAUCGCUGGUGCAUUAGCGCUGAGGAAUGGUCAAUGGUCAAUGUCAAUGGUACGAGUCCUUUGGACAAGCUAACAGUGUUCGCAUGUGACUAAAGGCGAAGAAGCUAAAGAGCUAAGAAGCUAGAACGCUAAAAAAAGCUAUGAAGCUAAAAGGCUAAGAAGCAUGCGGUUUUCUGUCAGCAGUCAUCGGCGCUGCGGCAAGAACACGAAAACACUUUAUUGCCGUUUUUUAGUUAUCAGUGACAAAGUAGAAGAAGAUUCGAGACUAGACCACAAAGCCAUACACUUUAGACUUUUUGCAAUAAUCUCUUGAAUGUGUUUUUUUUUCUUUGUGUGCGCACCUCGUGUGUACAUUUACACAACACGCGCGUUGGAAGAAGCUAUCUUUGCGUGUGCUUAAGUGUGUGGUUGCCAUUGUGUGUUUUAAUACUGAACGCUUUCCUCAUGUUGAUGCAUGCAAACCGAAAACCGCAUUGAUGAAUUGAUUAAUUGUUUGGGCCUUUGUGGUUUCAAUUAACCUUGGAACCAAACCAAUUGUUUGUGUUCCUGGGGGGUAUCAAAUACCCUGGUGGUUUAUACCAUGGAGGUUUGAUGACAUCACAUACAGGAAAUGGUAGCAAUGAGGCGCUGUUGCCACUCUGCUAGUUUCGCAACGUGUGGGUGGAAGCACACUGGCUAACAAUGCUAAGAGCUAGCUUUUAGUGCAUUUGGCUACGUGCGUUAGCUCGUUGUGGCUACAUGUUGUGUUAAUGCGUUGAUACAUCCGUUCAUACAUCAUCGAGAAGUAAUAUUUGGAAAUCCAAACAAAAAUAUGGAUUAAGAAUUUUGCAGUGAUAAUGCUUAAAUGUUUAAAGCUAUGCGACACAUCGAGUGAAGUAUGUCCUGGAGGCUCCACGCUGCAUUUUGGAGUUUCUCUUGUUUUUAACGCCUAACAAUUUUGUGGGAAAUGCACACCAACGUUUUGGCCUGCUGAUAAACAGGAUGUAGAAACACGUCCAGAUUUGACUUUUUAUAUUGUAUUGGAUUCAUCACACUUGAUGGAAGUGACAGUUUCUGGUGGCAAGUCAAAGCUAACUCUUCAUUAUAUGAUCUGUAAGGUGAACCCUCACCGGAAAGUUCACGUUACUUCAUGAAAGGCGGACUUAUUCCGAACUUUUUUUUCCAGAAGUCUGAUGUCUACAUUAAUGCAAAAACAUCAACUGUGACGUUAGCACUGGAAUGAAAUGAAUUUGUUGAAUCAGUUGUGCUCGACCUUCCUAUAUGAACUCACUCGAUGAAAUUCAUUUCAAUGUGUAAGUGUCGCAUUUAUUUCUUUUUCAGUGUUUGCUGUUCCGCCGUUUUGCGGUUUCCUGUUCCACGUUUGCUCACUUGUCAUCCUUUUGGCUUCUAAAGGGCUAUUCUGUGUUUUGCGUACGCUUGUUCUUCGGCUUUAUGGGGGAUUGAGAGGGAUGGACCCACGAGAGAAACGCAUGAGCCAGCCGUCAUCGUCUCUAUUUUGACGCGUCUCGCUUAAAUGCUGACCGUGUUGCCUCAUCCUCUGCCAUUUUUGAAACUUUCUCAUUCAGUUCAGUGCGCAUUUCAAUGCGUUGCAUGCAUUGACCACCUGGGGGCAGUGCAAGCCAUCCAUCCAUCCAUGCAUGCAUCCGUCCAUUUUCUGAACCGCUUAUCAUCGCUGGGGUCAUUGAGUCAUCACAACUCCUUCUCAGCUCAUCUUUCUGUUUGGAGGAUAAAGAAUAUGACCGUGAGCCGAAGGACAGCUCGUAUCUUGGUAAACUCGUGAGAUGGCUCGCUCAUAUCUUGUGGAGGCCACUGUUUUGAAAUCUGUGAGAAAAUGUCAUUUGCAUGAGCAAAGCUCAAAGAGAUUAUAAAGGUGGCAUUAACUGGCAUUGGCUCGUGUUAACACGCUUUUCUUUGUGUUUAAACGCUAUAGCUCUUGUUAGCGUGAGUUAGCUCAAGUUCACAUGCGUCGGUGGUUAGGUCAACCGCAAAGUUAUCGCAAUCAUCUGCAUUAUUGCUCUGAACUGACUUUUUUUUAAUAAAUAAAUAUCAAGGUUUUAACUUGCCGCACAGACUUUUACAUCCCGUGAUCAACAUGUUGGAAUUAAACCCGUCAGUGGGUUAUUGUUUCUUUUUCAUUUUCAAACAUGCCAAGUGAUGUUGUGCCAUGGGGGCUGUUUCUCGAUGCAUUAUGGGACUUUUCUUUCUUUCAUUCAGGGUAAAAAUAAUUUUAGGUGCAGCAGAUUGUCACCAAUCAAGUUUGGGAAGAAAAGAACACAAAAAAAAUCUGAAAAAUGUGUGCUUUGCAUGUCAUGUCGUCUGUGCGGCGCUCGCUGUGUCAACAAACGUGCUGCGUUUUUGCAACUGUCUGUCCUUUUUGGAUGUCUCGUUAAGAAUAAACAACAUUAAAAUUGUUUAUUGAA